AUGCAGCGUUUAAAACCUGCUCACGAGAUCUAUAAACGCCUAAAGUGGGACAAUGAAUUUGUUCCCGAAGGCGAUUUCAUUGUUGGUUAUGAGGACGUUUUUGGGAGUGAUGGAAAUAACCCGAGGAAACUUCGAGGAAGAAGAGAUUCCGGUAAUUCUCAAAGGUUCACGCUUGUUAGAACAACUCAAGAUCUAAUACAUUUUCAGUUUCAUCGAGUUCGUUAUUUCAAAAAUGCGUCGACUGGUCAAAUCGUUUGGGAUAGGGAGAAACGCUUAGACCUCAUUACUAGCAACUACAUUGGCCCUCUGUCAACACAAGAUGAUUCGCCCUUGUUAAGAGAAGAGGAUUCAGAAUUGCAAGAACAUUCCGAUAUUACCGGAAAACCAGUUUAUUCUGUAAAAUCUAAGAAGAUUUAUCUUAAGAAUAGGAGAAAAAAGAGUUUGCAAAAAGUAAUUGAGGAAGCUAGGGGGCAGCUUGAAGAAGAAAAAAGGAUUGAAGAAGAGCAUUUUCAGCAGCAUGAAGAUAAAAUGCGAGAGGUCGAAGAACGAAUUCAACAUUUUCAAGAGCUACAAGUUCGUUUUAAUGUUACCGAUAAAUAUAUUUAA